GCCGGAGGCGCCAGGAGCGCGGAGCAGCGUGCCCACCCGCCGGACCAGGGAUGGAGGCAAUGGCAGCCAGCACUUCCUUGCCUGACCCUGGCGACUUUGACCGGAAUGUGCCUCGAAUCUGUGGGGUGUGCGGAGACCGAGCCACAGGCUUUCACUUCAACGCUAUGACCUGUGAAGGCUGCAAAGGCUUCUUCAGGCGAAGCAUGAAGCGGAAGGCGCUGUUCACCUGUCCCUUUAACGGGGAUUGUCGCAUCACCAAGGACAACCGCCGCCACUGCCAGGCCUGCCGGCUCAAGCGCUGUGUGGACAUCGGCAUGAUGAAGGAGUUCAUCCUGACGGAUGAGGAGGUGCAGCGGAAGAGGGAGAUGAUCCUGAAGCGGAAGGAGGAGGAAGCCUUGAGGGACAGCCUGCGGCCCAGGCUAUCCGAGGAGCAGCAACGCAUCAUCGCCAUCCUGCUGGAUGCCCACCACAAGACCUACGACCCCACCUAUGCCGACUUCACCCAGUUCCGGCCUCCAGCUCGCACGGAUGGGUAUGGAGGGAGCCAUUCCUCGAGGCCCUCCUCCCUCCACACGCCCAGCAUCUCUGGGGACUCCUCUUCUUCCUGCUCAGAUAACUACACAGCCUCUCUAGAUGUGAUAGAGCCAACCAGCUUCUCCAAUCUGGAUCUGAGGGAAGAAGACUCAGAUGACUCUUCUCUGACCCUGGACCUAUCCCAGCUCUCCAUGCUGCCCCACCUGGCUGACCUGGUCAGUUACAGCAUCCAAAAGGUCAUCGGCUUUGCCAAGAUGAUUCCAGGGUUCAGAGACCUCACUUCUGAUGACCAGAUUGUGCUGCUGAAGUCAAGUGCCAUCGAGGUCAUCAUGUUGCGCUCCAACCAGUCCUUCAUCAUGGACGACAUGUCCUGGACCUGUGGCAGCGAGGACUAUAAGUACCGCGUCAGUGAUGUGGCCAAAGCUGGACACAGCCUGGAGCUGAUUGAGCCCCUCAUCAAGUUCCAGGUGGGGCUGAAGAAGCUGAACUUGCACGAGGAGGAGCAUGUCCUACUCAUGGCCAUCUGCAUUGUCUCCCCAGACCGUCCCGGGGUGCAGGAUGCUGCCCUGGUUGAGGCCAUCCAGGACCGCCUGUCCAACACACUGCAGACCUACAUCCGCUGCCGCCACCCGCCCCCGGGCAGCCACCUGCUCUACGCCAAGAUGAUCCAGAAGCUGGCUGACCUGCGCAGCCUCAAUGAGGAGCACUCCAAGCAAUACCGCUGCCUCUCCUUCCAGCCCGAGUGCAGCAUGAAGCUCACACCCCUCGUGCUGGAGGUGUUUGGCAAUGAGAUUUCCUGACUAGGCCAGCCUGCCCGGGCCCCUGGGCGGGGCUGCUCCUCGGGGGCCUUGUGCCCUGGCCUGGGGCCCGCUGCUGCCCCGCAAGCCUCCCCGCCCUCUCCGGAGCCCAGCCCCUCCUCCCGCACCUCCCCUCCCCAGCCAGCCCACCGGGUCUCCUGCGCGACCUAACAGCAGGUCUCCCCUUCCUGCUGGCCACAGGCUGCCCGCAUCCCUUGAGACCUCAGUCACGAGGAGUUGCUGUUUAUUUGGCCAAGAAACUCCAGUGGGGGCAGAGGGCAGAUGGGGAAGGUGGGGACUCACCCAGGGACGGCCCUACGGCUCCAAAAGUGGCCCCUGGUUGCUGCUGAGGGAACAGUGAGGCACGAGAAACGCGCCCAUUCCUCAGGGACAGAGAUACCCACACCUCCCCACCACGCCCGGCCCGGGCGCCCAGAGCCGAGGGGGCUCUCCUUCCCGCUGCCCCACCCACGAUGAAUAACUCGCCACAACCCCCUCCCCUCGCCCCCCAUCCCAUCCUGCUGCCAGUCUGUGCUGUUUCGUGCCACGAUGGGGCCCUCUCCCUUUGCCUUCCCAGCCCCGGCCUGUCUAGGACACUCACUGCCAAGGAUGACCAAACACAAGGUGACAAAGGUCACACCUCCCCCCUCCCCCACCUCUGCUGGCCAAAGGGCACUCGCCUAACACAUCAGUGCCCACCUUCAUCCCAUUGCUAUGGUGACAUUCUUCCCGAAGUAGCGAUGGUCAGGCGGGCUUUCACCCCACGGCAGGGACCACUAGCCCAGAACCCACCACCGAGAGGCCCAAGGAGGGAGGAGAGCAGGGCCCAGGAAGUGGGGGACGGGCAAACCCGGCCUCACAGGAGAGUGGUAGAUGGUGGCCACAGCUGUCCCUGUCUCCAAGCCCAUGGCUCCUUGACCUGGAUCUGAGAGGUUGGUGGAAGCCAGAGCUCCCCUUCCAACGAUCUACGUGGCAAGACGGAAUUGCCCCCAGGUUGCAGAGAAAUGCCCAGCAGCAUCCUCAUCCUCACCCUGCCAGUCCCUUACCUCCCACUCAGGAGAGAGAGAACCAGUGGCCGUGGGUGCUGGAAGGGCCUCACCCUGGGACAGUGGAGGGUGACCCUGAGAUGGGUGCACUCUCCCAAAUCCCCCAUGGCCUGGAGAAGCAGUGCCCCUCUGCUCACCCGCAGUGCCACCUCUUUUCCACCUAGCAAGGUGGGAUGGAAGAGAAGAACCUCAGACCCUAACAGCCCAGGCCCUGGCCUCCCGGGGGGCCCAUCUAGGUAUAGUUCCAAGACUACCGUCCCCCAGGGACCCAGGAGCUAGUGCUCCAACACCUCGCUGUGGGUGGAGGGAGAGCGGGCUGGCCUCGCAUGGCUAGGCCGGGGGAGCAUCCAGGGGUGGAGUCAUGUGGGGCUGGUUCGCUUCUUAUUCUCACUCCAGCACCCCAAAUUCAGAAGGGGUGGGGGGUACUUAACUGCCAACUCCAUUUUCCCUUCCAUAGUCGGUCCAACCCGGGAGGUGGGAACUCUCACUCUGUUUCCCCUGGGGUGGGGUCCUCUGGUGAGUGAGUUGUAGGUGUGUGGGGCCACUGCGGAGGGGCUACCUCCAGGAGUCAGAGAGCGUCCCUCAGAUGGUUGCUUGAGUUUGGGGAACGCGGCUCAUUCGGUGUCUCACUGGGGAGGAGCUCCUGUCGGUCGGAUGCUGCCUCCACCUUCCCUCGCUGUUCUCUGAGGACCCCGGGAGCAGCGAGCCUUCCUCUUUGAGCACUGUCCGCGUCCCCUGGGCCCGGUGUUUCUGCUGGUGGAGAAACCUCUGACAGCCCCGUUUCUCACGGCACAGUACCUUCGAUAUGGCCAAGGUUGACAUUUAUUAGCUAGGAGUUGUUUUCAGAAUCAGACUACAUUUUUUUUUUUACCACAUUCUAAUGUAGCAGGUAGUAGGCACCACUGAUGAGGAGAUAUUUAUGGGGGGAAAACUUACAUUGUAAAAAAAUUCUAUACGUCAGCUAUCGUUAUUGUCCUUGCUGUUAUUUCACGAAUUAGGGAGAGGCCCUUCUUGGAUUUUAGCUGCAGAAGACACUGGUCUAGCAUGCUAGUCAGUGGGGAAAAAAAGGCUUAAAAAUCGCUACACUAGUUAACUUCCUUGCUAAAGAAAACCUGACCCUUGGCGGAGGGUGUGGUCCCCCGAGCUCAGACAGCUAGUUAGAAAGAGCUCCAGGGAUGGACCUGGUCUAUGGACUCCCUGCCCAGUGCUCUAUUCACUACACCACACUUGUGCUCAGACCCCAUUUCCCGCCCCCCACCCUCCGAAGGCUGCCCUAGUCCCGUAGGGGAAGGUCUAGAUUUUAGACAGCAAAUCUAGAUCCUGGACCCCUGCGUUCCUUCCCUGAGUUGUCACCCUGCUGACCCAUCAGGAGGAGGAGGAGGGACACCUCAGCCUGUGUCUCAAUGUGAAUCAGAACCCCCUGCCCCAGUGUGGCCCUGGCCAGAUGGGGUCUCUGCCUCAGCUCUGUAUAAUGUUGUUGUCUUAUCAAUAAAGUGCAUUUGUCUUUGU